AUGUUUUUAGAGUGUUCUCCAGGGAUGUUUGGGAAGAAUUGUGGUUAUUCCUGCAGUGGACACUGUGCACACAACGAGAGUUGCUAUCAUAUUGAUGGGAGUUGUAAAAAAGGGUGUACGGCCGGGUACAGGGGAAACAACUGCAAAAACGUUUGUGAACCUGGGUUCUAUGGUACGAACUGCACACAGAUAUGUUCCUUCAGAUGUCUAGAAACGUGUAACCAUGUCGAUGGUUCUUGUAGAUGCACUGUAGGGUGGAUGGGUCCCCCAAACUGUACCACAGAAUGUCCUCUAAACUUCUUUGGAAUUGACUGUCGACACCUGUGUAGUGAUCACUGCAGUAACAAUGAUACCUGUAGUAGCUAUGACGGUACGUGUGACGGCGGAUGUCAAGAACCAUUUAUUGGUCGUAUCUGUGAUCAUCAAAAUUUUACCGAGUUUCAGGAAGAAUUAGUUUGUAUACAUAGACCUCUCUCUACUGCGUGGAUUGCAGGAAUGGCCUUUUCUCUAACAUCAAAUAUAUUUGCAGUUGUCAUCAUCAUUUUCAAAAUAAGACCAGAAUCAACUAAACAAGGUGCGUUUGUUGACAAAGUGUUGUUGGAAGUGUCUGAUAAGACAUCAGCUCUACUGGUUUGUAUUUAUGAUGGUGUAAAAAGUGAAGGUAACGAUCCAUCAAAAAAAAAAGAAAAGAAAAAAAACCUCUCACAACAAUAUAACGGAUCCCUGGAAAUGCCAGAGAAGGAAUUCCGUGCCUAG